CUUUCACAGCGCGGCGGCGGCGGCGGCGGCGGCGGCGGCGGUGGCGGGCGAGGGCGACCGGCCGAGCGGCGGCGGCAUGGAGUAGACGCGCGGCGGCGGCGGCGGCGGACGCGAGAGGCAGCGGCGAGCGCGGCGGCGGCCCGGAGCCCGCGGGGCCGAGCCUGUGAGCGCGGAGCGGCGGUGGGCCGAGCGGGGCCGCGGGCCGGGCGGGCGCCGCGCGGCGGAGGCCGGAGCAGCGGAGCCGGAGCCCGAGUGCCAGCCAGCGCGACGCCGCCUGCCGGGCCUGUCCUCGCCGCGGCCGGCCUCCGCGCUCGCGCCCGGGCGCCCAGCGAUGUACUCCCCGUACUGCCUCACCCAGGAUGAGUUCCACCCGUUCAUCGAGGCGCUGCUGCCUCACGUCCGAGCCUUCUCCUACACCUGGUUCAACCUGCAGGCGCGGAAGCGCAAGUACUUCAAGAAGCACGAGAAGCGGAUGUCAAAGGAUGAGGAGCGCGCGGUGAAGGACGAGCUGCUGGGCGAGAAGCCUGAGAUCAAGCAGAAGUGGGCAUCCCGGCUGCUGGCCAAGCUGCGCAAAGACAUCCGGCCUGAGUUCCGAGAGGACUUCGUGCUGACCAUCACCGGCAAGAAGCCCCCCUGCUGCGUGCUCUCCAACCCCGACCAGAAGGGCAAGAUCCGGCGGAUUGACUGCCUGCGCCAGGCUGACAAGGUGUGGCGGCUGGACCUGGUCAUGGUGAUUUUGUUUAAGGGGAUCCCCUUGGAAAGUACUGACGGGGAGCGGCUCUACAAGUCGCCCCAGUGCUCGAACCCCGGCCUGUGCGUCCAGCCACAUCACAUUGGAGUCACAAUCAAAGAACUGGACCUUUAUCUGGCUUACUUUGUCCACACUCCGGAAUCCGGACAAUCAGAUAGUUCAAACCAGCAAGGAGAUGCGGACAUCAAACCACUGCCCAAUGGACACUUAAGUUUCCAGGACUGCUUUGUGACUUCCGGGGUCUGGAAUGUGACAGAGCUGGUGAGAGUAUCACAGACUCCUGUUGCAACUGCAUCAGGGCCCAACUUCUCGCUGGCAGACCUGGAAAGCCCCAGUUACUACAACAUAAACCAAGUGACCCUGGGACGGCGGUCCAUCACCUCCCCUCCUUCCACCAGCACCACCAAGCGCCCCAAGUCCAUCGAUGACAGCGAGAUGGAGAGCCCAGUUGAUGACGUGUUCUAUCCUGGGACAGGCCGCUCCCCAGCAGCUGGCAGCAGCCAGUCGAGUGGAUGGCCCAAUGACGUGGAUGCAGGCCCUGCUUCUCUAAAGAAGUCAGGAAAACUGGACUUCUGCAGCGCCCUCUCCUCUCAGGGCAGCUCCCCACGCAUGGCUUUCACCCACCACCCGCUGCCUGUGCUUGCUGGAGUCAGACCAGGGAGCCCCCGGGCCACAGCAUCCGCCCUGCACUUCCCCUCCACGUCCAUCAUUCAGCAGUCCAGCCCGUACUUUACACACCCGACCAUCCGCUACCACCACCACCACGGGCAGGACUCCCUGAAGGAGUUUGUGCAGUUUGUGUGCUCUGACGGCUCGGGUCAGGCCACUGGACAGCAUUCACAACGACAGGCACCUCCUCUGCCAGCCGGUUUGUCGGCAUCGGACCCCGGGACGGCAACUUUCUGAACAUCCCACAGCAGUCUCAGUCCUGGUUCCUCUGAUUAAGAUCAACAAAGAAACAACAAAAUAAUAAUAAAAAAAAG